AUGAACUCCGGUUUGACAGCCUCGUCACGGGUGUCGCCGGAGCUCGCUUCCAUCAUUGCAUACAUGGGGCAACAUGUCCCGCUAGCUCUUGUGGCGGCCAGUCCCUCUGCCCGAUUUGAGGCGGAGCUUGUCGGGUACGUCAUCGGGAAUGUUCAUGUUUCGUGCCGUUUUGGCUCUGCCCGUUGCAACGGGCAGAGCCAAAACCGGGAGGAGUUAGUCCUCAAGGUGGGUGUUUCUCGAAGCUUUGAUCUACUGUUCCUCAACCUUUGGUGGUUCGAGCGCCAUCGGGCUGUCUCGCUUGUGUUAGAUCACAUUGAUAGACAGAACUUCCUGUUGUUUCAACGUUUCAGUAAAUGUUUGAACCUGCGGGAGGUGAAGUUGCUCAACUCUGUCGUAGCUUGUGAUGUGAUGCAUGUCAUGUCUACGUGCCGUGAGUUAGAGAAACUCACGGUUCGACAGUGCUUCGGUGAUGCAGAGGUGAGCCUCUGCGGGGUGACGCCAAUCCUCAACAACCGUGCCACAGAGAAGCGUGAGGUCUCGAAGUUUUACAUCUCCGGUGUCACAAACCUUGGGGUUUUGUCAAAUCUGCGUCACCUCACCCUGUCUAAUACGCCGCUGAGUGAAACGAUGAUGCCAUAUUUCUCUGAGUGUGUCGGUUUAGAGCGUGUUGUGGUGGAUUCAUGCCGAGGUCUGAAGUCGUUGGAGUGUUUUGCUUCUCUUCAGCGUUUGACGGAGUUAUAUCUAUUAAACUUGGGCAUCACAGAGGAGGGUCUUGCCUCCAUUAGUCGAUGCACCUCACUGCAACAUAUACAGCUUGAUAACUGCAUGAAACUUCAUAGUCUUAAUUGUCUUGAAACCCUAGUUGGUCUGCGAACGCUUGAUGUUUCACGGAACCGAAUCUGCGAUGACGGAAUCAGAAGUUUAGGUAACUGUAAGAAUUUGGAGGAACUUCGACUUGUCUCGUUGCGUUGCCUGUGGACCGUAAAGUCGCUUGGGCUCCUUGAUAACCUUGCUGAGUUGGACCUCACAGACAACUGCGUCACAAACGAGGGUUGUGCGGCUCUAACGAGCUGUUGUCAGCUUCAGCACCUCAAACUUGCUUCGUGUCGCUGCGUGUCGGAUGUGCGUUGGAUUUGUGCCUUGACGUCUCUUCGGUCUUUAGAUUUGUCAAGAACGUGCCUGAGAAGUCCUGAGCUGCAGGUGCUGAAGGCGUGUCAACAGCUGGAAGAACUCCAUCUUGCUUCCUGUGGCGGCGUAAACGAGGCCUCCUUUGUCGAAGGUUUGAUAUCUCUUAGAUACUUGGAUCUUUCUGAUACUGGCUUAAACGAUGCUGGGACGCAACCGCUGCGACAAUGUACAGCGCUGACCUUUCUUUCACUGCGGGACUGCCGCCUUGUGACGGAUGUGCAUUUUUUGGAGCCGCUGAGGAACCUGCUCAGCUUGAAUCUGGAGGGCACGGAGGUAGUGGACGCCAGCAUUGUCCCGCUGAUUCACUGCAAAGAGUUGGAGUUCCUUUCACUUCGUUAUUGCCUUUUUUUGACUGAUGUCCGUUGUUUGCGUGAAUUGAAGGUGCUCAGGUCGUUGGAUAUUUCUGGCACAUACGUCACUGAUGAGGGGGUGUCAGAUGUCUCGCAGUGCAUCUCAUUGGAACGGAUUAACCUUGGGGGAUGUUUCCUCAUUACCCACCUUGAGUUUCUUCGUCCCUUGAGUGCCUUGAAACAUGUGACGGCAGAUCGCACGAAUGUAGUGGAUGUGACCGGCUUGGGAGGGACCGGGUCUGUGCGGGAGUUAUCGCUUGCCGACUGCAAACGGCUGGGGCCGAUGGGUCCGUUGGAGGCCCCACGCCUGCUGGAUCUUUUGCUGAAAAAGAGCACCAUCACUGACGGUGGGAUGCGGGGUCUCUUGGUGCACUGUCAUUCCCUCCGACGUCUUUACCUCCAACAUUGCCCCUUCAUCACGGAACUGAGUGCUGUCGCACAACUGCCUUCCCUUACGGAACUUUUGGUGCGGAAUAUAAAAAUAACGAAUGAAUCUGUUGUUUUUGUGGCGCGUUGUGUGUCGUUGGAAAUAUUGCUGCUAGCGGAGUGCGUUGAUGUCACGGAUGUAAAUAGUCUCCAACAUUUGCGCCGACUGGUAGAGUUGGAUCUUUCAAAGACAGGUGUCACCUCUGAGGGAAUUGUGGGUCUGGCACGCUGCCAUAGCUUAAAGAAGUUGAACCUCAGCGACUGCCGUUACGUCACGGAUGUGAACUGUCUUGGAGAACUGCAUGUAUUGCUGGAGCUUCGUUUGGAGCGAACCAGACUCACAGACAGUGGCAUUGUGGGACUAUGCCACUGUAUGCAGCUUGAAACCCUCACACUCACAAAGUGCAGCCAAAUCAAAAACGUGGAAAAGCUUCAGAACUCUCUAACGCGCCUGGUAACCUUUGACGUGUACGGCACCUCCGUCGAGGCCUCUCGCCGAUAUCUUGGUGUGGGCCAACGCAUCCAGCAUGCGUGUGUUGUUCUCUGA